ACCGCCGAACCGCCGAACCGCCGCACGGCCCGACCCAGAACGACCGCCACCAUGAGGACGACGAGCGCCGCGUUGGUGCUGCUGGCGCUGCUGGCCGCCGUGUCCGCCCAGCAAGUCAUCACCGACUUCUCCGAGUUCCAACGCAAGAAGGCGGAGUACGACGCGCAGAAGGCCAAGUACGACGAGUUCCAGGCCCUCAAGAACGUGCCGCUGCUGGCGAGCUACGACCUCAUCCCCAAGGUGAAGGAGCACGAGGCGCCGGCUGGCAACGCCGAGCAGCUCCUGCCCACCUACACCGGCAUCCCCGUCAACUUCAACGAGGCCGCAGCGGGCCGCGCGCUGGUGGAGCCGGGCAACACGGCGCAGAACUACUUCCACCAGGGCCCCAUCCCCGCCAAGAAGUCCUCCAGCCCGUCCGCGCCCGUCGUCAUCCCCACGGGGCCCGGCCAGGACUUCAUCGUGCCCCAGGACGACGGCAGCGCCGCCCCCGCCGUCACCGCCCCCGCGGACACUCCUGUUGCGGCCUCUCGAAUCGAGCCACACCUGUAG